CUUCACGACCACGUCUUGACGCAUCUACAAAUAACACAACUUUACUUCUACUACUUCUACCCGACGAUGGGUAAUGAUGGUGGGAGUAUCCCAACGCGACGCGAGCUGGUCAAGAAUGCGGCCCGCAACCCCAACACCUCCGAGUUAAAAGCCGCGCAGCUCGAAGCCCAAACCCACGCCUGGAGCACCUGCCCUCUCUCGAACCGGCCACUCAGCGCGCCCAUCGUCUCCGAUUGCGCCGGCACGCUAUACAACAAAGACGCGAUCCUCGAGCACCUGCUCCCCAAAGCCGACGACGUGCCGGCCGCGCUGAUCAAGGAGAAGGAGGAUCUGCUGCAGGGCCGCGUCAAGAGCCUGCGCGACGUCGUCGAGGUCAAAUUCUCCAUCUCCAAAGAGGGCAAGGACGAGAAGAAGAUCUGCCCCAUUACGAGCAAGGAGCUGGGUCCAAAUACUAAAGCUGUAUACCUGGUGCCGUGCGGCCAUGCCUUCUCAGAAGCCGCUAUUCGAGAGGUGGCGGGGGAGACUUGCGUAGAGUGCAAUGAGCCCUACACCGCCGAGAACGUGAUUCCCAUAUUACCACUUGCGAAGGAGGAUGUGGCGCGGCUGGCAGCUCGAGCGGCGAAGCUUAAGGAGUCCGGCCUGACGCAUUCGUUGAAGAAGGCACCUGGUGGCAAGAAGCGCAAGAAGCAGGGAGGAGAAUCCGAGGUGGAGACCAAGGCCACGACUACAACUACGAAAACCGAAACUUCCACACCAGCACUGUCGGGGAUCAAGAACGCUGCUACGGCCUCGUUGACUUCCAAGGUACUGGAGGAGCAAGAGGAGCGGAACAAGAGGCGGAAAUUGGGCCUCAACGAUAAUCUGAAGAGUAUAUUCUCUAGUGCGGGCUACAAUGCCCAGACGCAAAAAGGGGGCGAUUUUAUGACGAGAGGAUACUCAAUACCCAAGUAGGCUUAGGGGAUACGGGAUGGUACUUGGUUAUAUGGCGUUGAAAUAUACCUGGUUUGGGGCAUUACGAGAAAUGGAGUUCUUCUGUACCUAGGAGGUCGACCUAGGCAGUGGGUAGUGUAAAAGUCAGAAGUGUUUAUUAUUAUUUGUUAUAUACAGCUCCUGAGUGUGUAAAGAUAACAGUAUCGGAAAUCUUCCGGUAAAUCAUCUCGUCUGCUGAUUACUGGUUAGGUCUUAGGACCCUUAUUCAGGGACUUCAAAUUUAGUGCAAUCCAAUCAAGUACCCCGAC